AACCAAACAUACAAGAAGUUGGUUCAAACUGUUUUUAUGUGCACAGUGUGAAUAUGAAGACUUGAGAAAAAUUAAGAAGAUGGACUUCGGACUGGAUGGGAUGGUAUAUAUUAUGUAUGAGUUUGACUAAGAAGAUAUCAUUGACAAGUGAGGUGAUCUUGUGUUGUGGGAAAUGGAGGGUUACACUAACAUUAGUGGUAAUCAUGAAGAUUUUGAUGAUUUAGACAUCGAAGGAAGAAUAACUUUGGAUGAGUGGAAUUGUAAUAAUGAAGACAGCCGUAUAAAGGAGGAAACUUUAAGUGAACGUGAGGAGAAACGUUUGCUUUCUAUCAAAGUGAAAUUGGAUGAAGGGGGCUAUGGUUAUGUGUUCUCUGUGAAAACAACAGAUCUCUCAGUUCGUUGGAAGUGUCAUUUGUGUGAUGUUCUCAUCAUUGGUCAGAAACAUGUGGACACUCAUAUACAGAGCAAGAAGCAUCAAGUCAAGAUGGCACUUCCUUCACAUCCUACACAUAUGUUCACCAGGCUAGAGAGCAAGCCUUUAGUUGAGAUGCCAAAACUUGCACCAGGUGAACCAGUUCCCCCAGGGUUUGAAGAUGUUGUAAAACGAGUAACUCAAAUUCAAGCUACUUUGGACAGUCAUAAGAGUUCUCCACUUAUAGGGUUGGAGUACUUGGUUGAGCUAGUACCUGAUGAAACAGGCAAGGAGCCCAUGUAUGUGUGCAUGUUAUGUGACAAGAAGGGAGACCCACGUGUUGCCAUGGCACAUAUCACAAGUUACAAUCAUCGCUCUAAAUAUAUUGGAAUCCACUUUCCAACAGUGAAUAAAGCACUCUUUAAUGCAUUUCCAAGAACUAAGGAUGGUAAAAGAGGAAUAGCAGAAAUAGUAACAAGAAUUUGUGCCAAAAUUGAGGCGAAGUAUGGACGUCUCCAGCCUCUGAUUGUUGAGAGGGAAGCUUUUGACACAAGGAAGGACAAGAUCGUGAAACAGAUACUAGAGGAUCACCAUUUCAGGGAAUCACCAAAUGAGACCUUUGUUGAAAUGGUGGAUGUAAAUGUGUUGCAAACACUGCCUGUGACUGCUGCUGAUGAUGCACCACUGGCGAAAGAGGAAGAAAAUACUGCUGCAGAAUUAUCAAGCAAAUUUUUUAAGGGUAAAAUAUCUUGUGACCGAAGCAGAUUGAGAAUUCGUGAUGCAGAAGAUAAUAUAGACGAUAUUAAAUCUAAGAAGCUUGGAAAUGAAGAAAAUGAAUUCAAGGGUCGAAGUUGUGAGAAAAUGAAACUGGAUUCUGCUGCUCCAAACAGAAAAUCUUUGUCAUCAAUAUCAAGUUUAUCAAGUUCAUCAAGUCUGUCGCGAUCACGGUCUCGCUCAAGAUCUCAUUCAAAAUCCAAAUCUAGAUCCAGGUCAAGGUCCUAUUCAAGGUCAUAUGUUCGACAUGGUUGGAGGGAAGGAAAGUAUGGCAGGGGAAGUUGGUCUCGUUCCAGAAGAUCUCGCUCUGGAUCUCGUGGUUGGCGACGUUCAAGAUCAAAAUCUCAUUCACGGAGAUCUCGUUCCAUCAGUCCUGGGUCAAGAUAUGGAAGGAGAUUGUCCCCUGAUAGUAGUCCUAGCAGGGGUCGUUAUCGCUAUGGUCAUUCACAUUCACCAAAGUACAGUCGUUACCAUGACAGCCAAAGUGAUGAGAGGUAUAGCAGACACCGAGAAAAAUCUACUAGAUUGAACCCAGUUGAAGUUGAAAGAACAAAAUGGAUGAAAUUUCGUGUGGAUGUAGAUAAAAUGGAAUGUGAAUUGGCUAAGGACCUGAAGUUCUAUGAAAAGAAUCCAGAGAAGCAUCCUAUGUAUCCCGAGGAGUGGAAGAAGUUUUGGAAUCGAAGGUAUAAAGAGUUACAAGCAGAUGGCAAGGAUCCCAGUAAGCAUGAUUUUAAACCAGAGUGGAUUGACUUUUGGAAUAAAAGAAUGAAAGAGAUGCAUGAAGAAGAAAUUAAGAACAGGAAAGAGGAACUUAGGCUUAAGCUUGGUUUACCCAAAGAAGAUGAAAUACAGCCACCACGAAUGAUACGCAAAAAGAGACCAAUAAAAGAGGUGGAUGUUAUAGUUCUCUCUCCUCCAAGUAAUGAGGAAGAAGGCUUUAAAAAGGAUGUAACAGUAAAUGACAUAAAAAAUACAUGGAAAGCCUUGACUGGAAGUGAAAUAAAGGAUACAUUGAAACGUUCUCCAAGCCCUUGGGAAGAUGCAGAGAAUUCUUCAAAAUAUCCAAGAGGCUCGCCUCCUAUUAAAAGAGUUCAAAGGGGAGGUCUUAUUUCACGAGGAAGAGGCCGAGGCGGUAGGUUAUAUGGACGUAACUUUUAUAGUGUAGAUGAACAAGAUGGGCCAGGGGUGGUUACUGUUUUGCGACUGCUGACAGCUAUGGAAAGCCAGCUGGGCUCACUAGGACCACGUGUUAAUACAUUACUAGCUACUGCUUUAUCUUUGGAAAAGGCUAGUCCUAAUUCAUCCAGCACAUUGCUGGCUAAUUCUGACAACUUUGUUCUACUGGAAACUGUAAAAGAAAAACUGAAAGGUCAGCUUUUUGCAGGUAUUGUGGAGAGAAAUGUGGUGAUGGCCACUAAAUCAUGCAUUCAGAGUUUAGCUGAUUUAUUGUCUAAAGCAGAAGAGAGCAGUAUUAAUUCUAGAACAGAUCUGAAUACUGCAACAGUAAUAGCACCAGUGACAAAGCCAUUAUCAUCAUUGGCACCACCAAAACAGUCACCCACACUAGAGCCUGUUACUGUUCCUGGAGUUGGCACCAUGGAUAAGGUAGCUAUAGCACAACAGAUAGCUGCAGCUCUUGUAGCACAAGGAAAGACAAAUGUGACACAAGAACAACUCGAACAACUCAUCAGUGCUGUCGUGGGGAUGGCAAAAGCUUCUGCUGGGUCUGAACAUCCCAUCUCUACAGCUUCUUUUGUUUCUCAAAUGAAGGCACAGCAGCACAAUACAGAUGACAAGCAGCCUGCACCAGUUAUAAGACAUCAUGUCACACCAAAUGUUAUGGAGGAGAAUUCUCCACUCCAGAGACUCCUUUCAGUUGUCACUUCAGGCUUGGCUAGUACUUCUGCCACAGGAGGAGUAAAUAGUAUUUCCAAAUUAAAUGACUCUGCAGUUAAUGCACUUGAACUGUUACAGUCAGCAUAUGAUGAACCUAAGAUAUCUCCACAUAUAAUUGAUGUAGCUCCUGCACAGUGUGUGACCAAGGGAGAUAAAAUGGAAGAUUUGACUGAGGAAGAUCUGCAAACGCUGUUGCAGAACUUUAAGGACCUCUCCUCAGAAGAGCAGCAAGGUCUCAUCACAUACCUAAAAAAACUGGAAAUGAAGGAACCUGAAAGGGUUGAAAAGCUUCGACAGUUCGUGAAUCUAGAUGGAUCUGCUGUACAGAAAUUAUGUCAGAAUACUAAGAGCAGCUUGAAGAUGCCUGAAGCACUUAAUAUCAGACCUGCUGAUCAGUUAGGGCGGCUGUCACCUUUCUCAUUGCGGCAAGGAGGAAUUAAUCCAUGUCAAGAAUCUGGGAAAGAACUAGAUAUUACUUUCUCAAAAAAGAACCUUGAAGAGCAAAAGAAGUUGGAGGAUUCUGAUGAUGAUUAUAGCUUUGAAGACAUAUAUGCUGCAGCUUCCCAAAAAGUUAAAGAAAGGGAAAAGGCGAAGGUAGAGGAAGAGAAAAUAAAACAGUUGUCAGACGAUGUUAAGAUAAAGGAAGAAACAAAUACAAUAAAGAAGAAAAGUGAUGAUCCAACUGUAAUUCUAAAGGAAACUAAAGAAAUGAUUGCCAGCUUGAUGGGUCAACUUCCAGGCAAGUUUAUUCAGAAACAGACAGGAUCUCCUGGCUCAAGAAAAGACAGUCCAGCUGUACAAGGGUUCCCUGCAGGCACAAGUCUGCACACACAGAGAGACCUCAGUGCUGAAGCAAAGCCUGCUAUGCCAAAUUCAGAAGUAGGAGGUCAGAAGAUACAAGCAUUAGGAAGUGAAACAGCAAAAAUGACCAUACCAGUGCAAGCAGUGCCAACAUUGGAUUGUUCCCGACGUAUGUACCAGAGUUAUGGUAGAGAUCCAUCAUACAAUAGCCAGUAUGGCAGACAGCAGUCAUUUCCAUCCACUAUGCAAACGUUUCCUGGAAACAGUCAUCAGUCAUUCACAGAACAACAGCCAACUUACUCUGGUGUUAGCUAUGGACACAAUAGUGGAUAUUAUGGUGAUGGUGGACACCAGCAGUAUUCCCAGCACAACUACAGUGAAGUGUACCAACAACAGGGGCCUAAUUCUGGUGGGUGGAAUAAUUAUCCAGAGCUAUAUGGACAGCAGCCAUAUCAGACGCAACCUGUUACACAGCCAUACAGUCAGUAUCCCAGUCAGCCCUCAGGUUACUAUUAAUUGUCAAGUAUCAUAUUGCUUUUAUCCAGUAGAUUACAAAAGAAAGAUGCUACACAACUAUGUCUUUGGCAAAAUUAUGUUAUAUAUCUGGAAUUUAACAUACUUCCUCACAGAAUUGUGUUUUUACCAAUGAAUAUUUAUUGGUUCUGUGUGUAUGCUGUCAUGCAGAUAUACAUUAAAUUAUGUUUGGUGAUGAGCAGUUGCUGAAUGUAUUUUCCUUCUUAUGUUUACAAAAUGACUUUGUUAUUGAGCACUGAAUGUGAAGUGAUCUACAUCAUAAAAAUAUGGAUGGAAGUCUGUUUUGAGACUGUGACCUAAAUGGACUGAUACAUUUUAUGCUUAAGAGAACAUUAAAUGAAUUGUAUUUAUAACUUCUCAUCACCUAUAUAAACAUUUAAUCAGUAGAAUGUACCUGUUUAAAAUGCAUUUAGUGCUGUAACAUUUUGCAUAUUCAACAGUGUGUUCAUCUUGCCGAAUUUUAGAUAAGGAAUGACCAGUAAGAUGGACCAAUUACAUAUGCAGACUUGCUCCAUUUUCUUUUCUUUUGUCAACUUUUGAAAUUGUAGUUUUUCGCAGAAUUUGAGUAUAUGGAUUUUUCAUGUUGUCUGAAACUUAAAGACUUCUUUUGUUUUAUAAAUGUCUUGUGUUCACCUGAUCCCCAGGCGCACAUUUAAUUAAAGUUUCUAUUGAACUGGUGUUUUUUUAA